CGCACCGCCUCGCCUCUCCUCAUUCUAGUGCUAGCCCGCCCGAGCCGUGGACUGUUGAAUAACGUACAUUGUCGCUGGUUCAUUGCGAAUUGCGCCACAAGAAGACGGCACAUGAUUACCAUGCGUAAUCUUAACCUUUUCCUUCGCACUGAAAGUACAGUGAAUCCAGUCGGUGAUUUGGUUUAAAAUAGGCACAAAAAACCUCGCCCUCGGAGAGCGAAAGCAAACAGUGCUUAGAGAAAAUGGCCCUAGAGAGUGAGCCUCAAUCAACGCCAUUAGGCGGGUCCAACUUAGAUGCUCUGAAAUCAGAAAGCAAAAACAAUGUAGAUCUUGAUGAUCUUGAAGAUGGUGAAAUUGACGACGACGACGAUGAUAACACGGUGCUCGCGGUCAGCUCAGCUCCUGCACCAACACCUUCCCUACCUCCAUCUACUGGUCCAUCAGCACCAAGAAUUCCCCCGUUGCAAAAGAGUCCUGAUGUUGGUCGUAGAGAACAUCAUGAGGGCUCUACUCUCCCUCACUACCUGCAGAGAAGACUUGGCCCUACUCCUCCUAAAAAGAAGAAUAAAGGUUCAUGGGGUCCACCAAAAAAUAAUUUCCCUCAAGAAGAGGAAGAGGAUGACUUUGCUGUACAUCUUGAGAAAAUCUUGCUUGCUAAGGCCAAGGAGAAAGCUAAACAAGCCAAACUGGAACAAGGAGGGGAAGUUGAAGAAGUGGAUGAGCCAAAAAGUGAAGAGGAGGAUAACCAUGGGAAAAAGAAGAGGAAGAGGAAAAAAAGUAGAGAUGGGGAUGGGGAUAGGUCUAAGAGAAAACGUAGAGAAGGUGAUGAGGAUGAAGAUGAUAUGAUAUUUGUCCGAGGUGCUUCACCACACAAUGAACCUCAAGAACCUCCGUCUCCCUCAUUCAGGGAUUAUGAUCUUGAUCGUUCAUAUGAGUCAUAUGGUGAAGAGGAAGAAGAUUACGAUGGGAGCCCAGAACGAUCUGGCCAUGGCGGCUUCUCCUCGCGCGGUAGAGGCCGAGGUAAUAAAUCCAUGCGAGGAAGUGGCCGCGGAAGGGGCCGCAUGGGGACUCCUAAUGAAGGUGGAAGAGGCGGAUUUAUGAAUAAGAGGGGUAGCAAAAGGGGUAACGCAAGAGGAGGAGCUUCAAAUAAAUCUCAGCAGCGCUCUGGACGUGACCGCUCUCAAGAUGUUUGCACAUACUUUAUGCAGGGAAAAUGUCCAAAGGAUGCUGAUGAAUGUCUAUACUCUCAUGAUGCCCUCCCUAAAAGGAAAAUGGAAUUAUGUAAAUUUUACAACAUGAAUUGCUGUGCAAAACGCGAAAAGUGUUUGUACAUGCACAAAGAUUUUCCUUGUAAAUAUUUCCACACAGGAAGAAAAUGUAACAGUGGUGAUAAAUGUAGAUACAGUCAUGACCCACUUAGUGAUGGAACAAGAAGUGUCCUAUUAAAGCACAUUGAACUUGCUCCAAAAGAAAUUCUUGGUGAAUUUAGAAGACUUACUAGAGAACAAGCAAAUCAACUAAUUGAUAAGGCAGCCAAAAUGCGUGCUGAAGGGAAAAAUCCAGAGGGAGUUGAUUUGCUCAAAGACGAAAAUGAAGAUGAGGCUGGCGAUGAACGGGCGCACACUCCUAUGCCUUCCUCUCCAGGUGAAGUUGUGCAACAAGAAUCAGAGAGCAGAAGAAGUAGGGGGGAGGACAGCAGAAGAAGAGACUACUAUGAUCGCAGUUAUGACCGUGAUAAAAAUCGUGAUAGAAAUCAUUCUGAUAGGAGAGAUCAGAGUGAAAGGAAAGAACGCCGUGAAAGGAGAAGGAAAAGAAGGUGGGACAGUCCUGAUAAUAGUCCAUCUCAGUUGAAGAAACUUCAAGAAAAUUUGCAAAGACAGCUACGGGAACAAGAAGAUAAUGAAAGAGAAGAUAAAAUGUUUUCCAAAGCAGACACUAGUGAUGAUCUGGUCAUAGAUGAAGAUGAAGGGGAUACUCCUAAAAUCUCAAAGUCAAGCAGCAAAAACCCUCAAGAAGGUGACAACCAUCAGAGUGACAUAAAUUCAAAGGAUUCACGAGAUUCAGGAUUCACCCAAGUUAAGGAUGAAACUUUAUCUGAAAAGCUUAAUGCAGAAGUGUCAACAGCUGAGAGUGCAGAUGAUAGCCAAGAGACUCCAGGCACAAUACCAGCUCAUCUGCCUAAGCGGCAAAGAGAGCUCUUUUUACGUAUACAGCAGCAGCAGCGUGAGGCAGAACACAAUAGAGAAAGUAAAGAUGAAGAAUCCGAAGAGGAUGCUGCGCUUGCUGAAGAUGAUUGGUAUUCCAGUGAUGAUGAAGGUCCAACUUCUCUUACUGAUGUUCUGAAGAAUUUAAAAGACGGACAGAAGGAGGAUGGAAAGAGUGGAAAUAAACAGGAAGUUAAUAAGUCAGCUAAAGAAUCAAAAGAACCCAACCUGUCAGCAUUUGACAACCCAAAUUCUGACCAAUCAAAAGGAAAUGUGGGACAGUCUACUCGACGACCACCACUUUUACCUACCCCAUCAACCUUAACAGAUCUUGUGAAAAAUACAGCAAUAGAUCAGUUACUUUCAACUAUUCGAUAUGGUCCCACUGGAUCUGGGCAAGCUGACAACACAAGCACACCGGUAGGCUUGAAGUCUCCCCCUACUCUGUCAGCAUCAUCUACUUCCACAGCUCCAUUUCGAGACCCUCGCCUGUCAAGAGAUCCAAGGAGCCGAAUUUCUGCAACUGCAAGUAGCGUUUCACCCUCAGCAUCACCAUCGCAACAACCGGACGUCCGUCCAGACCCUCGGUUAGACCAGCGGGCUGAACCAAGGGCUGAUUCAUGGUCUGAUCCAUGGUCGGAUUCCCGGUCGGAUCCUCGGCCUGAUCCCCGAGCCGAAAGGCGGGAUCCCAGAAUGGACUCGCGUCUGGAUGCUUCUCAUGCAGCCAUGGAUUCUUUAGCUAGCCCUCGAUCUGAACAGAGAGGCGAUCCUCGUGCAUCUCGCAGAUCCUUUGAAGGUGUCAGCACUAGCCUAGGAAACAAUCCUAGUUUGCUGCCACAUAGUAUAUAUGAUGGCCCCAAUCCACCUAUUUUCUCUGGCACUGCUGAUGUUGACUUACGAGUAAGAAGUGUUGCUGCUGAAACAAUAAGUGACACAGAUUUUCGUCGGCAAAGUGCUCAGUUUGGUUCCGGAGAUAUGGACAUGAGAAGAGACCGUUCCUCAAAUAUUCUGUCUGCACAUAUCUUCUCGGCCCAAGACACUGACUUGCGGUUUAGACAAGGGAACCCAUCAAGGGAUUCAGAUAGUGACUAUGCAGCUGCUUCUCAAAGUGAUCUGGAUCUGAGAAGAAUGCAAAUGAUGCUUCCAUUCAAACCUGCACCAGUGCAUACACCUGCAACUGAAAUUAAUGCAUCUUUGGCAUCCUACACUCCGGGUGCAUACCGUGUUGUCGAAAUUGAUAUUCCCAAGCCAGAUCUUUCAAGUUUAAAAGUUAACCCAAGAGAUCAACAAGUAAAGUUAGACCCAAGGUUACAACGUUGGUUUGGUAUGGUCCAGCCCGACAAUGCUACAAGUAGUACACCAUCAUCUCCGCCCAUUGAAUCAUCUUUACAGACAUCUGUUCCACUUACUCCUCUUGCUGCCCGCUCUGAUCCACGGCGAAGAAAUAGUAAUUCUAGUUUACCUACGAGGCCUGCUGAUCCCCGACAGUCAAGAAUGGGAAUAGGAACUGCUUCUGGCUUGUGCCCACCUACUCCUAGAGUGGAUGAUUUUGAUGAUCAUCCCGUGGCAGACACUGACCUUCGGAUGCAAGCACAGUUUGGAAGACAGCAGGGGCAAUGGGAUAAUACAAACAAUAGAAGAGGACUUCUCCCACAUCCUGACUCCAGUUGGAUGCCAAACCCAGCAGCUUCAUUUGGACGUGCAACCCAUAUGCAACCACAUUCUUACCACCAACAGCGAUCAUAUACGCCACCUCCUACAUAGCAUUAGAAUUAACUAGGUUGUUUUUGGAAAUUAAUCAGGAGUGGAAUUUGAUUCUUUCCCAUUAAAUUCCUCAAUUUUAUGUUCAAUUUUAUUUUUUUUCAGUAAUUUUAAUUACAAAUUACACCUGUGAUUUAAGUAGUUAAUUGGUGUUUUCAGCCCUCUAAUGCAUGCAGGACAUGUCUGCCUUAACAUUUUUGAUCUUAAAGAGCAGAUGCAGGUAUGUGAUUGAUUGUGUGUUUGUAUGUAAUGUAUGUUUGUAUGUAUGUAGAUAGUGAUUUGAGCAAUAUGUGGAGUUCAUAGAACGCUGUGAUCUUGAACUUGUUUCUUGAAACAUUUUAUUUUGUACUGAACUAGUAUUGUUUACAAUUAUUUUUUAUCAUGUGUUUGUUGGAUAAUAAAACUGCUGUCAGUAUAGAUGGCUAAGAAUGGCUAAUUUGAAGUGGAUGUAAUUUUCAUCCGUAGGACAAAUAUUUAUCUUAUAGUCUAAUAUAUAAAAUAGUGUUAAUUAUUUCUUCAAUAGCUAAGAAUAUUUAGAACAUUUAGAUUGUGAACUUCAUCUUUAUGAAGUCUAGUCUUUUCAUACAUUUUUCAUUGUUUGUUGUUGUUGUUAUAGACUUUCAGUGAUAGCUGCUUUCCACUGUAGACAACUAUGGGACUGAUUUCUUUUUAGUAGCUCUCACCUUUGGCUUCCAACUUUGGGCCAACGCUCAUGCACCAAUUUAUCGUCCUUAAUUACAACCAUAAGAUCUUCAAUGUAGUUCUCCAAAACCUGGCUGUGAUAUUAAUAGGUUUGGAGCCCUAGUUAGGGCUUGUUCUAAUUAGGGCUCUCUUUAGUGAUGUAAGGUAACCCUUAUAAUGAUUAAUGCUUUUGGGUUUUAAUAGUAAUAAAUAAAAACUCUUUUCUUGAGUUAUUGUUCAUCUUGAGGAUGAAUGUUUUGUUCAGCUAUUGUAUAUGUCAAAAAUGUGAUGAUCAAAGACUAUUUGUCAUUAUUAUUUAUAUGUUGCAUGUGGCCAAAACACUGCCAACAGCUUUGCAGUAUCCUUGUCAAUAUUUGACUUAGUAGCUUUAAUCCCACUGCAUUAUUGUUUUCAUUUAAUAGACUGCUGAUCUGAUGUCAAACGUUGUCAAACGUUGUCAAAUGUUCAAUUGCUUUUUAGUUGUUUGUUGACUCAUUUACAUGAUCGCAAGCGUAUAGAUUACAUCAUAUUUCUUGCUUUGAUUAUUUGCAAUGCAAACCAUUACCUUUAUUAGUCAGACAACACUCAAACUUAUGAAACGUGCAAAAUUGUAUUUAAAAUUUCAAUCUAGGUGCUUUGGCAAUUUAUUACUGAACAUAGACUUAAUAAAUUAAGCAAUAUUCUUUUAAGUGCCAACCAUUGGUUUGUGAUAUACUGGUAAGAAUUAUGCAAGACCUAUACACAGGCAAUAGGACAAAUAUGUACUUCAUUGUAAGCAAGUUUUUAACUUGGAAUUAAACCAAAAUAAGAAAAUCAGA